AGGAUGCGUCCUUUUCUCCUCCACCACGCACCACUCCUGCUAUAUCCGUCCUCGCUCUUUCUCCGCCCACGCGCUCACAAUCGGCUGUAGACGAAGCGUCAAAUGAUCCCGAUGUGAUUUCCUGACCGAAUUUAACCUAAUCAUGGAGGAAAUCUUCCCCUUCUGUUCCUGCCGCUCCCUCCGCCAGGUUCCCCCAAUUGCUCCACCCCUUCUCUCACGAACCCCCCCGCUCGAUCGCUGCCGUCGCCUCAGGGCAUGCGCCCAUCUUUCCAAGAACACUCCCAUCCCCCUUCCUGAGAAGCCUCCGCGAAUAUCCCCACCCUUCCCUGUUCUACGCCUCUCAUCCAACCCCUCCCCGGCCGCUGUCUUCCACGACAAGUUACUCUUCCUCGACUCUGUCGGCAUCGACCUCUUCGCCGCCUCCUCCUCCUCCCAUCCAGCCCUCGCCGCUGCUUCUCUCUAUGACCUCCGCUCUUCUGUGCACUUCCUCCGCUCCCUCGGCCUCUCCGCCCCAGAGCUCCGCCGCGCCUGCGGCAUGUGCCCCGAGAUCCUCACUGCCUCCCCUUCCAACCUCGCUGCCGUUGUCUCUUUCCUCCUUCGCGAGGCUGGCGUCCAAGACCAGGACCUCCGCCGCGUCAUCUUCCGGCGACCCCGCCUUCUAGUCUCUGACGUCGCCGGUCACCUCCGCCCCGCACUCUACUUCCUCCAGAUGCUCGGCAUCGCCCCCAUCGCGCGCCAUACCUCGCUGCUAUCCUGCAGCGUCGAGGAGAAGUUCCUUCCCAGGCUCGAGUUCCUCGAAGGCGUGGGCUUCUCCCCACGGAACGCUCGGGCUAUGGCCAGGAGAUUUCCACAGCUCUUCUGCUACAGCAUAGACGAGAAUCUUAGGCCAAAGGUGGAGUUUUUGGUGUUGGAGAUGCAGCGAGAGCUACGGGAGCUGAGAGACUUUCCCCAAUUCUUCUCUUUCAGUUUGCCCAACAGGAUAAAACCGAGACAUCGGACAUGCAAGGAGAAGGGCGUGGUCUUCCCGCUACCGGUAUUGCUGAGACCAAGCAACGGGCAGUUCAUGGCGCAAUUGGAGGUACGAAUUAGCUCUUCCCUUCCGUUGAAAAGGUCGCCCCUUUGGCGCACAAGUAUGGAUGGUGGUCUAUAACUUGUUUUUUCAAGAGUCAUUGCAGAGUGCGCCUCAUUCUGUUUCUUCGAAUGGAAUCAGACUAUAAAUUUAUGAUAAAAAUUUAUCAUUGUCAAUAUUGUCCUAUUGUACAAUGAGAAGUGUAAACUGCCUCUCUCCAUGGAUUUCGCGGAUUCCUUUUGUAGCCCUUGCUCUAAUUUUCUCGCCCAGUAUCUUGUUUGAUGAAAUGCCUAAGAUAUUCCUAA